UAUUAUAUCUGCUUUUUUCCUGCAUUGUAGUUUCUUGCUUAUUAUCUCAUUCUGGAAUUCAGUGUCAAAACAUAUUUGGCGGCGUCACGUCGCGCGUCGGACGUCGUUUGCCGUCGCCGCCGGUCCGCGCAUGCGCGGAGGCGGGGCCUAGUCCUCCUCCGGGUCGCCGCCGCCGCGUUCGGACGCAAAAUGGAACUGUCGGCGGCCUGGAGCGCGCUCAGCACCGGCCUGGUGCCUCCCGAAGCCCUGGGGAUGGAGGCGCCGCCGCGCUACGACUCCCCCCUCGACCUGCGCCCGGCCUGGGCCGCCCUCCGCCACCAGGGCCUGCAGGGCGCCCUGGAAGACUGGUUCCUCGAGGUCCUCCAGACGGACCUCCAGUCCCGCCUGGGCCCCGAGUUCUGGAGGCGCGCGGCGCCGGCGCCCGGUGAACCGCAGCACGCCCAUUCCCUGCUGGAGGCCUUCCGCUGGCUGGAGGAGCGCCUGGCACCCUACCUGCGUGGCGCCGCCCUGCUGGAGGAGUGGGUGCCCGAGGCAGUGCCUGGCACCGGCGCCACUGGGCGCCUGCGCGGGAACCUUGACGCCCUGCUGCGCGCCGUGGUUUUCCUAGCGCCGCCAGGGGCGUUUCAGGAGGCGCUGGGCGACCUCUAUGGGCGCAGCUUCCGGGUCUACAUGGCGGGAAACGUAGCGCCAGCGGGCAGCGGCGAGGAGGAGGGAACCGUAGAGCGCUUUGAGGAGCUGAACGGCGUCCUGCACCGCCUCCGCCUCCUCGAGCGAAUCAGCACACCCGCCGUGACCGACAUCCUCCACCGCAUGAUCGCCGAGCGCCUGGAGGGCACCUGCCGGGGCGAGUUCGAGCGCUCCUUCCUCCCUGACUUCCAGGAAUGGCUCGAGCGCGUGAUUGGCUGGGUCGGCUGGGUCUUCCGGCGGGAGGGCGGGGCCGAGGCCGCCCCCCUGCGGCGCUGGCGCUGCCACGUCCAGAGGUUCUUCUACCGCCUCUACACCGCCAUGCGGAUCGAGGAGCUCUUUGGCAUCAUCCGAGAUUUCCCCGACUCCAAGCCGGCCAUAGAGGACCUCAAGUUCUGCCUAGAGAGGACCAACCAGCGCCAGCACCUCCUGACCUCCCUGAAAAGCGCCCUGGAGAUGCGACUCCUCCAUCCUGGGGUCAACACCUCGGACAUCAUCACCCUCUACAUCUGCGCCAUCAAGGCCCUGCGCCAGCUGGACCCCUCGAUGGUCAUCCUGCAGGUGGCCGGGGAGCCCAUCCGCAAGUACCUGAGGACCCGCGAAGACACCGUGCGGCAGAUCGUGGCCGGCCUGACGGGCGAGGGAUCGGGCGACCUGGCGCACGAGCUCUCCCGAGCGGAUCCCGUCGCCCUGGACAACGGGCAGGAGAGUGACGAGGAGGCUGGCGCCCAGCCGGAGGACUGGGUGCCCGACCCGGUCGAUGCCCACCCAGCUGGAAAGCCCGCUGCCAAGCGCCGCUCGGCGGACAUCAUCACCCUGCUGGUCAGCAUCUACGGCAGCAAGGACCUCUUCAUCAACGAAUACCGCACCCUGCUGGCCGACCGCCUGCUCCACCAGCUGAACUACAGCGCCGAGAGGGAAAUCCGCAACGUCGAGCUGCUCAAGCUGCGCUUUGGGGAAACCCAGAUGCUCUACUGCGAGGUGAUGCUGAAGGACAUGGCCGACUCGCGCCGGAUCAACGCCCACAUCCGGGACGAGGAGCAGAAGCUUCCGGAAGGCCAGAGGCCCCCCUUCCGGCUGGCGGCCGCCAUCAUUUCCAGCGAGUUUUGGCCGCCCCUCAAGGAGGAGAAGCUGGAGCUGCCGGCCGAGAUCAAGGCCGCCAUGGAGGACUAUGCCCGGAAGUACGAGAAGCUCAAGGCCAUGCGGACUCUGAGCUGGAAGCACCACUUGGGGGCGGUCUGCCUGGAGGUGGAGCUCGCCGAUAGGACGCUCUCCCUGUCCGUCACGCCGGCCCAGGCGGCCAUCAUUCUCCACUUCCAGGACAAGGGCACCUGGACCCUGGAGGAGCUGAGCGCGGCCCUCCACUGCCCCCCGGCCCUCCUGCGCCGCAAGCUGGCCCUCUGGCUCCAGCAGGGGGUGCUGCGCGAAGAGGCGCCCGGCACCUUCGCGGUGGUGGAGGAGGCGCCCAAGGAGGCGCCCGAGAAGGUGGUCCUGGUGGAGAGUGACGAGGAGGGCGACUCCGCCAUGGCCUCCCAGGCCGACCAGAAGGAGGGGGAGCUCCAGGUUUUCUGGACCUACAUCCAGGCCAUGCUGACCAACCUGGAGAGCCUGCCCCUCGAGCGGAUCCACAGCAUGCUGAAGAUCUUCGUCAUGACGGGUCCCAUGGUCAGCGAGAUCGACUUGCGGGAGCUCCAGAUCUUCCUCCAGAAGAAGGUCCAGGACGAGCAGCUGGUCUAUUGCGGCGGCGUCUACCGCUUGCCCAAGGCCGGGAACUGAAGCGCCGGGUGCGAGAGAUCAACUGGGCGCCAUCCGUUUGGGGACGCUACGGUUCCCACACAAUAAAGCUAUUUGUUUGCAACAAAGCACCUGGUUUUUCCCCCCCGGGAACCGAAGCGCUGGGUGCGAGAGAUCCGCUGGGUGCGAGAGAUCCACCGGGCGCCAUCCGUUUGGGGGCGCUACGGUUCCCACACAAUAAAGAUAUUGGUUCGCAAGCAUUGCGCCUGGGUUUUUUCCCCAAGGCUGGGAACUGAAGCGCCGGGUGUGAGAGAUCCACUGGGUGAUGUCCGUUUGGGGACGCUACAGUUCCCACGCAAUAAAGCUAUUUGUUCGCAAAAAAACCCCAACAACCAUAUAUUUGGCACAAAACAUAUCUGGGCACCAAAAGGCUUUCCUCCGUCUCUCUCUGGAGACUGCAGUUCUUUGCUGAAUGACUAAACACAAUGUGGACAAAUAUCACAUCCAUCACCAUAAGAUGUCAAAAAACCCAACCCCCAUAUGUGCUCAUAACUUUCAAGUAGAAACCUGCCAAGUGAGAGUGCAUUUCCUGAUACCUUCAGUUGCCCAACAGCUGAACACGUCUACUUGUAUAUCCAAACAAAAUGCUUCGCUACGUCACAUGACAGAAACCCACAAUCAUAACAUGAAGAUCAAUAGUCAUGUUCUCAAGGGGAAAAUGGAUACACGCAAGCCUGUUCUAAAACAAAGUAAGGAAGGAAGUAAAACCAGGUAGUUUUUAGUUCUUUUUUAAAAUAGUAAGACUUCAAAAGACAGCUCUGUGACCAAAUUAUAAACACUUUGGUUGUUAAAACAUUUGCAUCUGUGGCAAUUUUAGUCUAGUUUUUAUGAACAGAAUAAUUUCAACGGUCACCCAGUCAGCCCAUGUUAGCUGGUUAAAAAGAGGUAUAAGAGCCCAGGACCCAUCAAGCAGUUAUUGAUUUGUAUUUUGAGAAAGUUAAACUAUUUUAAUAAUUUAUGUGGUUUUAUAGACUCUAGAUGUUUUUGACUGCUGUUUAAAUUAUUAUAUUUCAUGGAAAUUUUACAUUAUUUACUUUUAGAUCUUUAAAAUCAAUAAAUAAAUAGCCCUCGUAUACUUAAGGUUUUAGGUUUUGGGCUCUGGAUAUCACACACACAAAUCAGACUAUCCAAUUAAUUAUAUCCGAUUAUUUAAAAAAACUACUACAAAAAUUGCCUAAUAUUGCUACAAUAUGGAAACACUCAUUUUUCAAUAUAAAACGUCAAGUUUGAAAUAUGUCAACUUUCACCUGCUUCUUCUGUAGAAAUUAGGAAAUACUGUAGUUGAAAGUUUUGGGGAACCAUCCAGUAAGCUUGCUGCUGCUUCCAUUCAUUUCAAUAUUCACUGUGACCCAUUUGAAAUAUCAUUUGUUUUCCUUCAGAACACCUGGCUAUAAUCUGUUGUUCCAAAAAGGUUUAUAGAAUGAUAGAAUCAUAGAGCUGGAAGAGACCACAAGGGCCAUCGAGCCCAACCCCCUGCCAAGCAGAAAACACCAUCAGAGCACUCCUGACAUAUGGUUGUCAAGCCUCUGCUUAAAUACCUCCAAAGAAGGAGACUCCACCACACUCCUUGGCAGCAAAGUUUUAAUAGAGGACUAAGUACACACUAUAAAACUCUGAUCAUUUAAAUUACAUUCACAUAAAACAUUUCAUUUCAACAACAAUGUGCUGGGUGAAGGUAUUUAGUUAGAACUAGAAGACAGGAGUGCCUGGUGUGCUCUGGUCCAUGGGGUCACGAAGAGUCGGACACGACUAAACGACCAAACAACAAGCGCUGUGAUGUAAACCACUGAGCCUUGGGCUUGCUGAUUGGAAGGUUCGCGGUUCGAAUCCCCGUGACAGAGUGAGCUCCCGUUGCUCGGUCCCUGCUCCCGCCAACCUAGCAGUUCGAAAGCACCUCAAAGUGCAAGUAGAUAAAUAGGUACCGCUCCGGCGGGAAGGUAAACGGCGUUUCCGUGUGCUGCUCUGGUUUCGCCAGAAGCUUAGUCAUGCUGGCCACAUGACCCGGAAAACCUGUCUGCGGACAAACGUCAGCUCCCUCGGCUAGUAAAGCGAGAUGAGUGCUGCAACCCCAGAGUCGUUCGCAACUGGACUUAACUGUCAAGGGUCCUUUACCUUUUUUUAAGGCUUGAAAAUAUUUUCCCUAUAUUAAUUAAUAGCUGAUAAUUUACAUUUUCUCAACAACAUUUAUUUGCAAGCAUGGUAUUACCCUUACAGUUGUUGUGUGCAAUUAAAAUGUGUGGUGUUUGUUUUAAGAUUAACACCCUGCAGCUUAUUUAUUUUGAAAAAUUAUAUCCAUCUUUUCACCAUCUCAUUCUCAAAGCAGCUUACAAUGAAAAAACCACAAAAUUUCUAAAAUAAAAACAUAAUUAAACUGCAAAAAAAUUAAACCUCAGAAAUUUAAAUAUCCAACAUCUGAACAAGAAAAUGAGAAUGUUUUAGGAACAGGGGUCGGCAAGGUUUACCUUGCCUGGUCUGGUUUACUCCAGCAGAGAUCCCUCUGUUGGCCGGAUCAAGCUCGUUCGUGAGCACACACAGCUGCAAUUUCUGGUGUCUCCGUCUGCACAGACGCAAUUUUCGGCAUCUGAGCAUGUGUGGACGCGAUUUCCAGCACCGCGGAAGCGAGUCCCUGCGCCACGCUGUGCCGUUUUAGCACAGUGUGUGGGGACUCGCUGAGCGGGCAGCUCGGUUCAGGGGUGGCUCGGGGGCCGGUUAAAUGACCCCUGUGGGCCACUUGUGGCCCAUGGGCCUUACGUUGCCUACCCCUGUUUUAGAACAUUGGAGAAGCAUCCAUGAAGCAAAGGCCUCCUGGAAUAAGAUGGCUUUAACCAGGCACCUGAAACUAAACGGAGACAGUGCCUGUCAUAAUAUGUUUGUUUGCAUAGUUUUGAUACUGAGCGCUGCUUCAGAUUCUGCAGAUACCAUAUUCCUCCCUGCAAAGACGAGGAACAUUUUGCAUCAUCAUUUAUUAUGACACAAUUGGAACUGACAAAUGUUAAAUCAAAACUGAUGAAAUAUUUCAGUGCAAUUCUUGACUCCACACCCUUACCCUCCUUCUCUCGAUUCAGCCUGAAACUGGGUGAGAGCUGCAUGUGUUACCUCUUUUCUCCUAAUUGAAAUCCUCACAGGAGAGGCCAGACCAAAUAUUUCCAUAUUCUUAGUACAAUUUGUAACACAAAAUGUGUUUAAGUAAAGAUUAUAAAUGAAGGUGAUCGUUUAAGAGCUUAAAGAAGUGUAUUAUCAUAAUUGUUUCCUCUUAGGCACAAAGGAAGCUGCUUGAUACCAAAUAAAGUCCAGUGGUCAUCUAGUUCAGUAUUGUCUGAGCUAGACAAUACUGAAAGACAAUGUUAAACAAUGGGGAAGGGUGUCAUGAAUCAGCCAGCCCCCAGGGACGGUUUGCAGCCGGCUCCCAGAGAAUAGUUGCUGACAUUUGAAGGAAGCAGUCAGGAACAGAGAGGGUUAACUGCCAUGCACCCACCCCUUGGAAUGCCCGCUGAUAAGGGAAUAGCUGAGAGCAAGCUAGAACACAGUCACAGCUCACUGGAAGCACAAAUAGGUGAGAAAGAGUUAAGAGACAGCCUCUCAGAGACUGGGGAAGAGGAGGGAGCUGACCCCCUCCAUGAAUGAGAGGGCUGCAAUAUACGAAGUGAAACAAGACGUACAAAGUGAAAGUUCAGUUGCUUCUGGUCUCGAUGGAAGCAUUUUUCAGAAGGGUCAUGAUGGUGGAGGCUGUGUUAGAGCCGUCUAGUUAUCUGUUUGUUUUGACAAUAAAUCAUCCUUUUUAAUUAACUACACUCACUGUAUUAUCAAGCCAGGGACCGGACUCCUGACAAAGCGUUGCAUAUCCUCCAACAUGUCUCCAGUGAAAAUAGGGACGUCCUGUUCCAUAUGUUGUGAUGAUGUAAACAUUUGAAUUGAUGGAGCUGCAGCACAAUCAUUAAUGAAGCUGAAGUGCAAUAAUAAUAAACAGUUUUUGCUGCUGCUUCAUUAAACAUCCACAUUACAAAAUGUCCAGUGUAUUUUGGGUCAAAGAUAAUUAAUGCUGAUUAAGAGAUUGUAGGCUUUGCCUCUAUUUUCUCUCACCACCUUCUUUUAGUAUCUUGAACCUCUGUGUCUGAGAAGGAAAUGUGGCUGUGCUUCACGUCAUGAUUGAUAUAGGACAACCAAGGAUGCCAGGCCAUCCUCUCUCAACUAGGUCAUUCUUUCUAAAGUCUGUUUUGAAAGAGCUUGUACUCAGCUUCUCCACCUCUCCAGGAAAACACACACCUGACUCCACGGGUCUGUUUUCUGGGCAGUUGGCAGGAUGCUGUGUGGGCUAAAGUCAGCAAUAAUGGAAGCCCAUAUAAAACCACCCUGCCAAGACCUGUCUAGUGCAACAAAUACUUUAGGGAUGCCUACAGGCUUGUCUGUUCUCCAGCAACUGGCAGAAAUACAUUCCCCCUGAACUUGGAGGGUCAACUGAGCUAUCAUGGUCAAUUACCCUUCAUAGACCUGUCCUCUGGAUUAACUCAAUCCCAUUUUAGAGAAAGCUUUAACUCGAGGGUUAACUGCUCCCGAAAAGACUCUCAACAUUCAAUAAAUAGCUGCAAAGCCUCAGUAACCACUCCCAUAUUGACACUACAAAAAGGCCCAGCCUCAGCUAUCAAGUUUUCAGAGGAUCAUAAAAACAUACAAGAACAAAACAACUAUAUAAAACACAGUAGAGCGAUUAAAACCAGCUACUCAAUAUGCUUGGAAGCCAGUGCAAAUAAAAUAGUCUUCACCUGGUGCUGAAAAUGACACAGAGUUUAUUUUACUCCAAGGAAUAGUAUUUUCCAUAAGAGGUGCCACCACUGCAAAGGUGCCCCUCUCUGGUCACCAUCAGCCUUCAGUGGAGAAAAAUCUCAAAUAAUGAUUUCAAACGGUGAAUUCAACUCAGGUAGGCUCACGUGGAAGAAGGCACUUCUUUAUAAGACUCAGGUCCCAGGUUGUUUAAGGUUAGUUCCAGUGGCCUGUGGCGUUGUUUAGAGUGACAAGAUAUAGCCAGUUUCGGUUAGAACUUAACAGCUGUUUUGGACUAAUUAAAGUACAGUAUCUGACAGGAGUGCCUGGCGUGCUCUGGUCCAUGGGGUCACAAAGAGUCGGACAUGACUAAACAACAUCAUCAUCUGACAACACAGUCCCCUGUAGAAUUCAUUGCAGUACGUAGUCUAAUCUGGAGGUUACCAGAGCAUGAAUCAGAGGACCAGACUCUCUCUUCUCAUGAGGGGGUCACAGCUGGCAAACCAUCUGAAGUUGUUGAAAGGUGCUUCAUAUCAACCACAGAAGGCACUCAAGUCUCCAUUGACAAUGCCGGAUCUUGCAGCAACCACAAAUUUCACAGCUAAUCCGUCAUAAGUGAUACCCCAACCAGAAUGGUUUGGCUACCUCUAUCUUAUCAGAACUGAGCUUCAAUGUAUCAGUCCUCAUCCAGUCAAUUUAAAAUCCAAAAUGCUGGUUCAGCAAGGCUACAGCCUCAGCUGAAUGAGAUGAAAAGAAAUGGAGCUGGAUGGCACAAACAUACUGAUAUUUCCAGAUCUUCAGACAACCUCAUUCAACAGCUUAACUGAGAUAUAAGUAUAAAACCUGUACUAAAGGCUGAUGGAAUUUCAAAGUUGAUUUUGCUGGUGCUUUCUUCAAAGGAAUGCUGAGACAUGUUUCUUUCGACCAACCACGGAUGCUGUGAGCCUGUCAACUUGAUACAGGUGCAUGUUGGGAAUUGUAGGUUUGUUUGCAAUCUUGCCUGAGACAUGUAUUUUUUUGUUUUGUUUUAAGCGAGAAGUUGCUUCCUGUUAUGAACUGGGCAGAGGGGACUGAGUUAAUCCCAUUUAUUCAAACUGUUCAGAAGAAGAGUUUGGAUUUGAUAUCCUGCUUUAUCACUACCCGAAGGAGUCUCAAAGCGGCUAACAUUCUCCUUUCCCUUCCUCCCCCACAACAAACACUCUGUGAGGUGAGUGGGGCUGAGAGACUUCAAAGAAGUGUGACUGGCCCAAGGUCACCCAGCAGCUGCAUGUGGAGGAGCGGAGACACGAACCCGGUUCCCCAGAUUGCGAGUCUACCGCUCUUAACCACUACACCACACUGGGUGUAGUGAUUGUUGUUGUCGUUUAGUCGUGUCUGACUCUUCAUGACCCCAUGGACCAGAGCAUGUGUAGUGAUUACAAAACUUUAUUGUUGUCAAUACUGUGGUGAUGGUAGGAUGUACUCUUUCUAUGAAGUCAGUCUGCUGUGGAAUCCUUACCGGCAAGACUGGUGCACUCUGUACAUGCUUGCGCCAUUUAUUUCUGAAGCAUUCACAGCAGAUAGCCACAUAGUGCAAUCUUGUACAUAUGUAUCAAGGAGCAAUCCCCAUUAGGUGUAGUUUACUUCUGAGUAAUGUGGUUAUUGUUGCAUGAACCCACACUAGAAACUGUGAUAGCAUAAAUUCCUUCAGAACAAAGGUAGCACAUAUCCAAGUAUUUAUGCAGCUGUAGUGUUUAAGUGCCUACUGUUUCUUUGCAAAAGAGAAGGCGGAAAUCUGAACAGGUGGAGGGCACAUUUUCCCCCUCUCAACAAAAAAGCAACUGUGUCAGCAGGGGCCCCUUCUGAACCAAAGACUUUGGGCUUCAUUAGGGGCUAAGUAUUUGUAUAAUUGAAAUGCUUAAGUGUCCAGUAUCUUUGCAAGGAGGACAGAAAGAACCUGAACCUGACCUCUGGUUGUCAAGCAGCCCCACCAGGUCCAAUAUUCAACAACCAGAACUAAGACAGGGUAUUUUCAGUAUGUCUUAAAUUGUGGAAAUAAUUUUCAGUAUUGUCUGGAUGGUACUUGAUCUCCCCACUCCCACACAUGAGAGUACAUAUCAGGGCUUACAUUGGAAGGGCUGUAGUAGUAUUUUCAUAUGUGGCAGAGAUUUCAUAAUGUAAAAAAAUAUUGUUCUAAAAUUAUUAGUAAUAAGUACUUUAUCUGAUUGCUAGACUCCUAUGUCACAAAGACUGGUUGAACAGGUUGCAGAGCAUAGCCAUAAUGGAAAAUGCUACAUGCUUUAUUAAAACAGUAACUGACCAGCUGUUCAUUAUUCUUUUUUAGAAUGCUCAUUUUAUUUUGGAGACAUCAUGGGCAUAAUUCACAAUGAGACCCACUGGACUCUGAUCUGAAACUAGACCUGAGACAGACCCACAUAAUUAGCAUCAUUCAAGGAUAGCUGGAGUUUCAUUAAAUCAUUGAUGCUCAUGGAAACUUUUCUGGGCACCCAUUCUUACAGUUCAUAUACAAUGUGUAUCGUUAUGUGUGUUUAAAGGAAAGCUACAUUUUAUUGCUUCACCCACAGCCAUGUCCUGUUAAAUGCUGUGUAUGAGCUUGCCCCUCUCAACCAUUAGAAACCACCAGUUGAACUAUCCCUUUGGGAAUGGUGUGCACUAGUUGCCAGGCAGAUAUGAGGUGCAAUGGCCCUUUGCUUAAAUCCAUGCUCUGCUCCCAUAAGGCAUGACCCUAGGUUCUUAACACAAUAGAAUAUUCUGUUGUUGCUCUAUAGAAAGGCUCCUGUGACACCUUUAGACCAACACACCUAUUUGUAGCACAAGCUUUUGUGGAUUAAUAGUCCAUUUCAUCAUGUGCUCCAAUGACAUACUUUGCUCCAUGAAAGCUUAAGCUACAAUAGAUCUGUUAGUCUUAAGGAAGCACAUACCUCUUCUUAAUUUAAUUUCUGCCACAAUAGAUUAACACAGCUGCCACUUGAAGUUCAUACAUAGUUCAUGAAACCCCCCACCCCCCAAAAAACCCCUUAGCAAUGGAGCAUGCAAUAAAAGUAAAUAUGUCCAAGCACUCCCAUCUUAAUCACUAGGGAAUUAGUAUUAAGCACAUUAUUUUAUUGACACCAUAUAACAAAAAUACAAAUCAGCCAUUAUGUACACAGUUAUAAUGUUCCAAUUCAGACAAAUUAAAAGCACUUUCCAUUCUUUUCCCAAAUUCAAGGAAUUUGUUUUUCUUUAUUCAGUCCAUUAAAAUCCUUAUGAACACUGUCCGUUAUCUAGAGCAGGCACAGGCAAACUCGGCCCUCCAGACGUUUUGGGACUACAACUCCUAUCAUCCCUGACCACUAGUCCUGUUAGCUAGGGAUGAUGGGAGUUGUAGUCCCAAAAACAUCUGGAGGGCCGAGUUUGCCUAUUCCUGGUCUAGUGUCUUGGAUGUAUACGGGCGCUUUCAGGCGAAUAUACUUUCCCCCAUAAGCAGUGCAAGCCCUGCUUGAAUCUACAGGGCUGCACAGCUACAGCACAGCCAGGGCUGCAGAAUGGCCAACUAAAACUGUGGCCUUUACUGAACAAAAAACUGCCAUUUUUAAUUAUCAUGGAAUGCAUGAAGAUUAGACAGCAUCUAUAUUCCACUAGCAGACAUGGAUAAUAUUGUGCUGUUAUUCACAAUGCAACUACAGUAGACUCGCAAGUUGCUCAGGGGUUACAUUUAUAAAGCCAAAACAGUAUAUAGUCAGAACAAUCCUUGAACCACCCCUGGCAUGAUCACCCCUCCCCUUCUUCUGAAGCUGGUGUGCUGAGUGGGCCUUGUCCCCCAUGUAAGGCAGAGAGCUUUUAAGCCUUGCUUAGCAGGCUCUGGGGUCUCACAAAGUCCCAACAAGAUCUUGAGGAGGCCUCCAGAACCCUUGCAACAGCCUAACAGCUCUCUGCCUUGUGUGCAUUUAAUUUGUGUGAUGUCAGUUUACCGGCUGCCAGGCACAUAAAGCUGUAUUCACACAAGUUAAAUGCACGCAGGGGGUGAGUCUGCUGUGUUUAAAACUGAGCUACGGUAACUGUAGCAAAGAAAUAAGUAAAUAAGUCUGCCCACAAGAAAAAUGCAAAAAUUUGUAUUAUCCGUUAUUAAGUCAAAAGUGUUACAAAAUAGGAAGUGUACACACUUUUUUGUUGUAUUUUGGUUUGACUACAAAAGGGAUUACCCUAGCAUGAAUAUAUCAAAAUAAUGUGUGAAAUAUGCCUUAAAAAGAAAACAACAACUAAGUGUUAAACUUUAGCCUUGAUAUGCCAAUAUAGAUUAGUAGUUUAAUCUCAUGGAACCAGUUUCCUGGUUCAGAUGUCAAACUAAACCAUAGUUUAGCAUAAUGAGAACUUAUGCAGCAAAGUCUUCGUCUCAAAUGCCCCCACUCGCCAGUCACCAGCACAAGUGUGAAGUGGAGCUGGGAGACUUAGCCACAGCUUGUCAUGUUAUCUAAACUGACAAGGUGCAGUUAAUGUUAACAAUGGCUUGUUUGCUACUUCAGAUGAUGUUUCACUUUGGGAAAAGGGGGCCAUACAAAUCUUGGAGAACUGAAGGCUAUUGCAUUUGCGCUACAGCAGGCAUGGAGUGUGCCAAGAACUGACCUAAGAGAGCACUGGAUCUCAGUAAGUAUACAAUUCAUUUGGAUUUUCACUGGGUAUUCCUAAGUGACGGUGCUUUUGUUAAACAUAACAUUCAUGUUUAUAAAAUGAUCAGUUUCUACUUUGGUUUCCAUUCUUCUUUGGCUAUGGCAAAACUGUUUUGCUGUAGAGUGGUCCGGACUUUGGCAACUUAGAAGAACCAGGCUAGCUGUAGUCGAUCCUUUUUUACAUACUCAGAUACAACUCAAAAGUCAAUCCACAGAAGAUAUUAAGAGUCAAAACAUUGCUACUGAAAGCUACAUUUGUACAAUGAAAACAUUCCUUACAAGACAAAUGGUUAUUUUAAAAAAUAACAGAUAUAUUUACAUUUAGUUUCACAUUGACAUUGAUGAUACCAUACAGAAUGAUCAACACUGGCUGCACCUAAAAA